GAUGGGGAUUGGUGAGGAGACCCGUCUUGGAGAAGUGCAAACAAUGGAUCGGGGAUUAUGUUGCUCUUUGCUUUUGCUGCUUGCCCUGAAGGCAGCCGCUCCAAAGAGAGGGAAUGGAUCGGGACCCAUUUGGGGCUCCAGUUGGGGGGCCACAGUUGGGCCUUUGGGGUCUCCCCCUCCUCUGUUUGACUGCUCCCUGCAAGGGGUGGGAGAUUGGCCCCUCUCCCCAACUUCCAUGGAAAUGGUAGCCAACCGCAGCCAGAAUGAACAGGAAGGCCAUGUCGGAGAUUUUCGGAUUUGGGUCAUACUCCCCAUCUUCCUACUCUUAGCUUUUAUCUUCAUCUUAACAUGUUGCUGCGAAUGCCUCCUGAAACGAAUGAUAGCCGCCUUCGAACGAAACUGGAGGAGCAAUAACCUCCCCCUGAGGGUCUUCAACCAGAGCUCCAGCAAUGGCUACGGGGCUUUUGAAAACAUCGAAAGGCAGGCUCCUGAUAUAGAGGGAUCUCAAGAUAGUGCCGCUUCAGUGGAUGAUGGGAUCAUUUGGAUGAGGAUCCCUCCUCGGGAGAGAGGAGACUCUGAGGUCACCCUGGAAGCAGACAAGGUGGCUUAAGCCAUCCAAGGUCUGGCCAAAGCAGGACUACGUCCCAUUUUAGGCCAAAUCAAGGCAUCCUCUGUGACUGUUUUUAAUCCCAUGUUAUCGACUAGGUUUUCUUUUAAAUGUAAUGACUUCCCCCAAGUUGCCCUUUGCAAACGGGACACUGGUUUGACCCCAUUCUGCUCCAAUUCCAAAGUGUGUACGUUGGACUACAACUCCCAUCAGCCAGCAGUGAAGGAUGAUGGGAGUUCAAUAACAACAGCUAGAAUGUCUUCAUCACAGCCCUGGGCAAACUUUGGCCCUCCAGGUGUUUUGGACUACAACUCCCACAAUUCCUAAC